AUGACAUCUAUUUCCUUCAAUUAUGUAGAGUGGGAACUGGAAAUUCCAGGGGUUAUCUGGCAUCGUUCAUGUUCCACGGAAGCAAAUGUUAAAUGCAAUAAGCCAUUAUUGUCUCUUCUAAUUUUCCCUCCUUUCUUUCGUUUUGUUUUCUUCUUUUCUUUUUUUGUUAUAUUCUUUUUUUCUUUCUUCUCUUUCUUUCUUCGUGUCUUUCUUUCUUUUCUUUCUUCCCUUCCUUUUUCUCCCUUUCCUUAUUUCUUUCUUUCUUUCUUUUUUUUCUCUCGUUCUACCUUAUCUUUCUUCUCCUUCGUUCUUUCCUUGCUACCCUUUCGCUCUUUCCUUUCUUCCCUUUCAUUAUUUCCUUUUUUCCUUCCUUCUUUCUUUCUUCCUUUUUCUUUCUUUCUUUCUUUCUUUCUUUCUUUCUUUCUUUCUUUCUUUCUUUCUUUCCCGUUAUUUAUCUUUGUUUCUUUGUUCCUUACAUUCUUUCUAUCUUUUUUUCUCCUACCUUUAACCAGACAGAAAUUUCUACUGCUUUAA